CCACAGAGCCAAUUUCCGAUACAAUAUUAGAUAUAUAAAUAACAUAAACUGAACUCCUAAUUGGAGUUCUUUUUAUAAAUUUAUUAUUUAUUUAUUCCGGAAAAAGAACGAUAAUAAUAUGGGGAUGUCUAAAAGUAUCAAGGUUAUCCUAUCUCUUGCUCUUGUAGUGUUCUUGGCCCUUGCAACAACCAAGGUUGAGGCCACAAGAUACAUAUCUUAUCCUAGUAUUAAUACUGGAGAUCAUGCUCCACAUUGUGACAAAGCCCACCCUCACACCUGUUGGAAGAAAGAAGCAAAUCCUUACAGGAGAGGAUGCGGAGUGCUCGAAGGUUGCCAUCGUGAAACUGGUAGAAAAUGAAUCAGUUAAGCCACCCAAUAUUCAUCGUGUUGACAUGUUUCUCAUUGGAGUACCUUGGUUAUAUAUCUGUAUACACACUUUACAUCCCCAUAUUCAUUUGUUAAUUUGGCUUUGUAAUUGAUUGUAAUCACAUUGUGUUAUCAUCAA